AGGCAGUAUGGAACCUGGCGGUGUGGAACCGGGGAGUAUGGAACCUGGCAGUAUGGAACCUGGCAGUGGAACCUGCCAGUAUGGAACCAGGCAGUAUGGAACCCGGCAGUAUGGAACCGGGAAGUGUGGAACCUGGCAGUGUGGAACCUGCCAGUAUGGAACCCGGCAGUAUGGAACCUGGGUGUGUGGAACCGUCCAGAGGUGUGGAACCGUCCAGAGGUGUGGAACCCGCCAGUGUUGACAGUCUGAAGGUUCUGUAUCAGAGCUGUGACUACAUCAUAGUGGAUAAGCACUGGGACAUCCGCAUCGACAGCAAGAUGUGGUACGAGAAACACACUGUCCAGAAACAGCUGGGACUCCGCUUCCCUGAGCUGGCCGACCCUGGGACGUACUAUGGAUUCAGGUUCUGUCACCAACUGGACUACUCCACCAGUGGGGUUCUGUGUGUGGCUCUGAACAAGGCUGCUGCUGGCCGGGUCUACCACUGUUUUAAAGACCGCAGAGCUACCAAGGUUUACCUAGCACUGGUGAGAGGCUGGGUAGAGGAGGAGGAGGUGACUAUAGACUUCUCCAUCGGUGAAAACACCACAGAGGGAAGAACACACAUGAUGUGUAUCCAAGGAACAGACGGUUGUGAGAACCCCAAGCCCUGUCGGUCUCUGCUCACCGUGUUGGAGUACGGAGAUUAUGAUGGAGACCCUGUUACCAAGGUGGUGCUGCAGCCUCUCACAGGUCGUACCCACCAGCUGAGGGUUCACUGUGAGGCGCUAGGGCACCCCAUCGUAGGAGACCACACCUACAGCCUGGGAGAGGACAGCGCCCCCUAUCGCAUGAUGCUGCACGCACACCUCCUACACCUCCCUCUGGAGCCACUCCCCUUGCAGGCCGCCGCCCCCGACCCCUUCACCACGCCCACUGACCCCCGCUGGCGCCCGCAGCGCUGCCUCCGGACUGUAGAGGGAGUCGUGGAGACCCUGCUGGAGCACAGGGCGGCGGAGGAGAGGACAGAGCGGGAGGAGAGGAGGAGGCAGCGGGAGGAGAGGAGGAGGCAGCAGGAGGAGAGGAGGAAGAGGUGGAGGGGGAGAGAGGAGAGUGAGGAGCAGAGGAGGAUGUGUCAGCAGUGGUUGUCUGAGUGGACUGAUGUCUGAAUUCUCCUUCCCCUCUUCAUCCCCAUCUCUUCUCCUCUCUUCUCCUCUCUUCAUCCUCAUCCCUUCUCCUCUCUUCAUCCUCAUCCCUUCUCCUUCUCCUCUCUUCAUCCUCAUCCCUUCGCCUCUCUUCAUCCUCUAUCCCUUCUCCUUCUCCUCUCUUCAUCCUCAUCCCUUCUCCUCUCUUCAUCCCCCAUUCUCCUCUCUUCAUCCUCCAUCCCUUCUCCUCUCUUCAUCCUCCAUCCCUUCUCCUCUCUUCAUCCUCCAUCCCUUCUCCUUCUCCUCUCUCCAUCCCCCAUCCCUUCUCCUCUCUCCAUCCCCAUCCCUUCUCCUCUCUUCAUCCCCAUCCCUUCUCCUCUCUCCAUCCCCCAUCCCUUCUCCUUCUCCUCUCUUCAUCCCCCAUCCCUUCUCCUUCUCCUCUCUUCAUCCCCAUCCCUUCUCCUUCUCCUCUCUUCAUCCCCAUCCCUUCUCCUCUCUCCAUCCCCAUCCCUUCUCCUCUCUCCAUCCCCCAUCCCUUCUCCUUC